AUGCUCGACAACAUGAAAACUCUGGGAUUCUCCUGGGCAACAAGAGCUGGCAUCUCCUUGGGGGUCGAUGACAUGAUGGUCCCCGCAAAGAAGGCUUCGCUCUGCGAUGGCUCGCAGCAGCGACAGCUUCAAGCAGAGGCCAGAUACCGCAACGGUGAGAUCACAGUGAAUGAGAAGUUCUUGAACGUAACUGAAGAGUGGACACGAACAAGCGAAGAAGUGAAGAACGAAGCCGUCUCCAACUUCAAGGAAAACGAUCCAAACAACCCAGUUUAUAUGAUGUCCACGAGCGGCGCGCGGGGAAACAUUUCACAGGUAAGACAACUGCUGGCCAUGCGUGGCCUAAUGGCAGAUGCCAAGGGUCAACUGAUUGAUGUGCCCAUUCAGCACUGCCUGCGCGAGGGGAUGACGGUUACAGACAUGCUGAUUUCAGGCCAUGGUGCUCGAAAGGGGGUUAUCGACACUGCAUUGAGAACGGCCGACUCUGGAUAUUUAUACCGUCGAUUGGACUUCACCGCCUCGCCAGUUGUUGUGCGAGCGGAGGACUGUGGCACGCCGGAUGCUGUUCCAAUGGAGCUUCAGGGCUUGCGUGCCGCCGUAGCAUCUUUCAAAGACCGCAUUCGCGGGCGAGUUCUGGGCAAGCCUGUGCUACACCCAGAAACGAGUGAACUUCUCUUUGAUGCCGGGCACAUGCUUACUUCCGAAGAUGCUGGUCGGAUCGAGGCAGUCUGGCGCUUGCUGAGUGCGACGAUGGAUGUACCCCCGGUUUAUGUUCGAACACCUCUGGGGUGCCGACUCCCCGAUGGAAUCUGUGCAAAGUGCUAUGGCGAAGAUCUGUCAACGCCGGGGGAGCCGGUCAGUCCUGGACAUCCUUCUGGAACAAUAGCAGCACAAAGCAUGGGCGAACCUGGCACUCAGCUCACAAUGCGAACUUUCCACACUGGUGGAGCAUUCGAAGGUUCUGCUGGUGAAGGGGUGGUUGCCAAGCAUGCUGGCUACGCGCACCUGCGUUGCGACGAUGGGGCCACAAUAUCCCAUGAGGACAUCUCUCACACGGGCCGAUUCGUCAGCGAGUGGAGGCGAUCUCCGCAAGGUGACGUGGGUUGUGUGCUGGCGCAGGAGGCAACUUUGGAGAUCGUUGACAGUGAGAAUGGGAGUGUACUACAGACGGAGCAGCUCAAGAUUGGCUCGUACGUCAAAGUCCUCCAUGGUGCUUCAGUGAGCUUUGGGCAAGUCCUGUAUCAGAAGCCGGUCAAAUCUUCACACAGCCCGAAUGAGGAGGACAUUGAGACGUUGGACAAGCCCAUCAACUCCGAUGAGGACGGUGAGGUCAUCUUGCAAGAUGCCGAUGCGCAGGGCAGCUGCAUCGACGAAGGUGGAAAGUUGGUUUGGGUGUUGCAGGGCACUGCACUGGACUUCCAGCAUGAAGGUUCCAGUUUGGCAGUGAAAGAAGGGGAUGCUGUUGAAGCUGGGCAGCCUCUUGCGCAAGAGUGGGCAGCAAGUAGAUGUGAAGGAGUUCCUCGCUUUCAGGAACCACCGCGAUCUGCUUCUGAGGAUUCGCUCUCAUUACGCACAGACUUUGACUUCUUUGAGCUCGCAGCGGACCGGACCACAGAGUACACCAAAGACCCCGAAAUGCCAGCGUCGUUACGUGAGGACCUCCAAGACUUGCCGGCUACGGUGAGACCUUACCUCAAGCAGGCCGUCUCGCGAGCCCUCAGCGCGGCAAGUAACCUUCGCACUGCAAGACCCGAAGCUCCGAAGUCUUCGAGUGUGUUCGCACAGGUUUCCUUCGGUGAAAGGCCUGAGCUUCGCGUCCUGUGCAGUCCACCAUCCUUACAAGCAGGGUCGGCCAUCUUCCCAACAAGCCGCAGUAUCGGAGAGAACUGUGUGGCGCCAAGCGGUGGGCUCGUUCUUCACGUGGAAUGGGAAGGCAGACUGGCGGUUCUUUGGUCACCUGAAGAGAGCAUCUCCAUUCUGAACAAGCAGAAACGGCAGGCCAUCCAGGACAAUGGACAAGUCAAGCUUGGAAGGCCGCUUUUGUUCAAACGAGUCGCUUCUGCUCCACCAGCGACUGUGCAGCCAGAUGAAAAGGAUGUGUUGGUCCGCCGCUGCAAAGAUCGGGUGUAUUAUUCCAGAGAUAUCGCUUCCCUCGAUGUGGUGGAGGAUUCUUCGUGGGAGUGUGCCGUCAAGCCAGGUGAGGUCUUCUUGGCACCCAGCAAGUACUUUGCAGAGGGAUCUUGGUGGGAUGCUGCCGAAGAUGAUGGAGUCUAUUUGUACUCGCGAGCUGUGCCCCCAAGCCAUCCGGUCAUACCAGAGCUGCCCACAACCAAAAAUGGUUCAAGCUGGAUCAUCGCAGAGAUUCUGGAUGACCCGCGUGGGUCUGAUUCUGUGCGAGUUCUGCUACGUCGUACGAAGCUGCUUGAGCUGCCAGCAGAACCUUGCUCUUUGCCGUCCGAGUCUCACACAAUGUCGUUCUGGACCUCGAUGUACAAGAAUGGUGAGAUUGUCGAGUCGGCGGAGCCAGUGGUGUUGGCCUACAAGGUCUCUGCCAGUAUCGGCAGGCAUUAUCAUGACAUGCACCAUGAUCGCACGCAGCUCGAGACUUACAAGACUUAG